AUGAAGGUUCUAGUUUCAAUUUUAUUUGUUGCCUUGAUCUCGACGGCCUUUGGAAGCCCGGAAGCAUCUGUGACUGUGCGACAAAGAAGAGAUGUUGAUUUUUUGGCAAACACGAAGGUGCUCAUUCAACAACUAAUAGCCAACUUACAAAAAGCCGCACAGCAAGCAAGCGAUGCGAUCACUACCUUUAUAAGUGGCAUGCAGCAGCAAAUGCAGUUGUUUGGUCAAAAGGUCCUCGAUGACAUACAAAAUCUUCGCAAAGGUAUACAGGAGGCGAUCAAAAAUAUUGCUGAUAAAAUCACAGGAGUCGGGCCAGCUGUCAAAGCCUGUAUUGAGCAACAACAAGACGCCGCUGAACUUCUGUUCUCAAAGGCACGUGAGAACUCCAACCAAUGUGCUAGCGAGUACGUCGAAGACAUACAGACUAUGGUAGACAAGCUUCAGAUAUUAGCAGACGGUGCUGUCAACUAUACUAGAGUAGCCAGGGACCAAAUGGAAGAUUGCGGCAAGAACAGCACCAGUUUAUUCAAUACAGGAACUUGCCUUGGCGGUCUUUUAGUCAAGACUGAAUAUCAAGGAAUCGCAUUCGCUACCCAGAGUACUGUGAUGAUGUCUAAAAUCAACCUCUCCCUUCUAACGUUGCCCGCCGCUCUAGAGAUGUGUGCAGGAAGAAGCCUUAUGUCUGCUGGCGCCGAAGCAAGAUCAAUUAUGUCUGAAAUUGCUGGGUGCUCUUAUUCCUCGAUUUUCACAUCAUCUGAUGCAUCCAACGAUAUAAGUUUACCUUUGAUUGCAUUGGAUUGA